ACCUCCAUCACCUGGAGUCUCUGCCGAUUGGCCAAAAAGCCCACCUCCUUCGUCAGGCGCCUGUGCAUGGCAUGCCCAACAGGGCCCAUCCCUGGUUUUUUUGUUCCCUCUCUCUCGAGGCCCGCUAAGGCUCCCAGCGCGCGCCAAUUCGCAUCACACAUGUGGUUUGCCUGGCACCCUAUCAAAUAUCGACAGGGCGUGUGCCCGCCUGCACACUACGUAGGUGGUAUCGAGAGACUCGAUACCGACAAUUGGGGAGGAACUAGAAGCAGGAGAACCUGGGAGAAGGAAGGAAGAAAAGAAGAUGGCUGGUCCGGCCAUGCGGGGAUGCGUUUCCGUACGAGGCGAGAUGUGAAGGGUUAUGCUGGGCCGUCGAUCUUGUGCUGCCGGCCUGCCAGGAUGUUCCCUCUUUGUGUUGGUCACGGGGAUGAAAGAGAGCAUGAAGUUGAGGUCAAGCCCAAUCAGUGGCUGAGCCACACUUGGCCAACGACUUCUGUGGCUGAUGUUAGUCUUCCCUCUCCUCUCCUCUUGUUGUCUUUCAGCUGGCCUUGUCACACUUCUUCCCCCACGGCGGACAGUCUCGACUCGUAAGUCAGAUGCUUACAGAUGAGUACCAUCAACAGAUAUCUUUUUUGUCAAGGCCACAUAAGCCUGUGGCAAAGCAAACUCUCAUCCAUCAUGCUCAGCUUCGAAUAAUCACUCACUGCCACAAUUUAAAAUAAUAAUACCUCGUCUCUGCCCGAAGAAACACAUGGGUCGAUAACAACAGACCAACCCAAGACGAGACAGUUGCUCGGAUUGAAGCAGACGAUGCCAUGUGGCAGUCUCCCCAGGCUAGUCCCUUACGGAGAAAAAGGAAAAGCAAUCAUUAGUCUAGCCCUCCCGUGGCAGAUCCUGCUCCUCCGAAUGGUAUGGGCUGUCUAGGCUGUAUGGGACUGAUCGGCGGGCUUGGCUCACCCUAGACCUGUCCUGAGUGAAAUAAACAGGAAAAGCUGCGUUGAAGGCCUCAAGACGGGACAUGUUGGUUGUAUGUACUUAAUUGCUGACCUUUGCUCCACUUGAUGUCUCGUGUCGUGGUUCACUACGACUCUGUCUUAUUUCAAUAGCUCAUCCUGUUUGUGGUGGCUUUGUCUUAACUAAUGGAUGUUUCUUGAGCUGUCAGUCAACGUCAGGCUCUGUCUGGUCCGAUUGUCGGGGUCCCCAAGAUUUCACCCCGCAACUUGAGUUUGUCUUGGCAAAUACGUAGGUAACACUCAAAUGCUCAUGAAGACUUCCGAUAUGAACCGAGUCAUGAGAAUUUGAAUGUAACUUGAAGGCUACAGUUCUCAGAGAGUUACGUGCAACAGCCGGAGAUGCUAUGUUCAACGUUCAACACGGCAGCGAGUAUAUACCCUAUAACUUGAUACCGUUAAAGUUGCGCAAUCCCUGCCUCAUCGACUCAAUCACCCAUCCAACUAAUCGAGCCCCGGAUCUUUUUUUAGCCCAGAUACAUCACAGACAAUCAUGUCAUCUCUAACCAGUCUCUAAAGCCCCCCAAUUUGAUCCAAUUCCUCCAUGUCAACAAUAGAUAUGACGUCUAAUAUCUUAAUCAUCAACCAUUGAGAAAAAGCAAGUAGCAAUUCAAAUUCAAUUCCCCGCGUCAAUUCCGGAUCUCCGUAGUGUCUCCACCAAAUUAUCCCGCACCGUCGGCAUGGGCAUUCGUCACGCAACCUCACAUCAUCAAUCACAUCCAGUAGAACAAACCAUGUCCUCAAUAUCCUCCCUCUGCACCGCACUGCAGACCUCCACGACGCACGUCGUAGACGGUCUGCGCAACUUCGUCACGUAUUAUCCGCAGGCGAGGCUGGACCUCGCUAGCCUGUCCCGGGAGCUCGCGGAGCUGCAGAUGGUAGCGAGGCUGCUACAUCACAACGCCCAGGCCCUGGAGUCCGGAAGCGCGCCGCUGCCGGGAAGGUUGGAUGAGGCGAUCAAGGGGGUUGUUAGUGAGGCUGGGGAGUUGUUGGAGGAGGCCGAUGACGCGUUGGAUACGGGAAGGACGGCAGAGGAGAGGACGCCCUCGUGGUUGGAACAUACUGCCGAGAGAUUGUCGCCCUUUGCAAAGUUGCUUGAGGGUUUGAGAAGUGCCAUGAGUCUAGGACUUGACUGUGUGUUACUAGCCAUCAAUUCUCAGCCUCAUGAUGGUGAGAGAGAACUUCCCGGCUAUAGCAGCUCUCAGAUCCUUCAAGAGGCAUCAACUAUCCGCUCAAGAUUCCUCCAAGAGUCAGACAGCGAAGAUCCUCGGGUUGAGAGCCAACGAUCUAUCAUCAUAGAAUUCAUCGAGGCCACUCAAGACUUUAUCUCGGAAAGCUCAUCUGCUGCUCCACCACCACCAAUUGAUGACGCCGAGAGUCGAGAUCACAGCAACAGCAGCAUCGCUCACCCAGAAACAAUUGCGUCGUCUCCCCACUCAGAGACGAAUGAGCCGCCUAUUCCGGAUUACAAUGCCAUUGGUAUAACCUCUACAACGCCCCUCCGCAUCUCACUCCGCCACCUCGCCAAGAAAGAACUCUCCAACCAUGAAGUCGUCGAAACCGCCUACGUAUCUCGCCACAACGCCCCCACUAUCGCAAUCUCAACCCUCGAGUCGCCCACGCGCUUCUACGACACUCGCGCCAAUCAAGUUUCCUGCUUGCAGAACCAGCACGGCGUCAACAUGAUCUUCUCGCGCAAUGGUCGUCAGUGGGCAUAUCUCAGUGAGGAAGACGGCAAGGGUCUCAAUGCGGCGAGCCAUGAUGGCAUCAACUUCAAGAAACCGGUUGUGUAUCUUGGCGACUACAUCAAUGGACGCAAGAUCGCGGUUUGUAAGUGGCCUGGUGGAAAGCCACUUGCGUUCUCGCAGGACGGGAAUUGGCUUGCGGUGGGAAGCACGAGAGGGCGGGUUGGGCUUAUGGACUGCAGUGCGAAUCUCAACAAGGCGAGCGUCGUGAUUCCAUGCCAUAUGGAUGAGGUUACACAUGCGGUUUUCACACCAGACAGCAAGCUUCUCAUCACACAAUCCCGCGACGGCACGAUUCGCAUAACGAAUGUAGAAACCCGCGCAUCGAUCGCCAAGCUCGAGACCGACACAUGGAAGAAGCCCGUAUUCCUCGGGACGUCGCCCGAUGGAGAAGUCAUCGUUUCGCUAUGGGGCGACACGGUGUUCCACUGGAAUUACGGCACCGCAGCCCUCGAGUCGUACAACCUCAGCGGGCGGAGAACACGCGAGGGCUGGCCCAUCGCUGUAUCGGCGGACUGUCGCUUCCUGUGCUGUAGAACAGAUGACGGUGUUGAUGUAAGUGAUACGUACUCGGGGAGAGUGCUGUAUACGAUCAAGUUCCAGAGCGGGUUUGUCACGGCGGCGUCGUUUAGUUGGGAUGGGAAAUACUUGAUUCUUGGAAAGGCGGCGUCGGGGAUGGGACUCAAGAUGGGAACUUCGACUUUGGAUGUUUGGGAAUUGGUAUUCUAGGCGUUUAAAAUGGGCUGUAAGUUGGAUAUAUGUACGUUAUGUAGAAAAGUUAUGAACCAGAAUUUGACCUUGACAUGUGUGUAAGUUUACUAUUAGAGUCAUCAUUCAUCUAGAGCAUCGUCAUAUAUUGAU